AUGGCGGAGUGCAGCGUGCCUGUGGGCGAUAGAGUAAGCGCGAGUGCGGGGCUGACCGAAAAACCAGCCGUGGCAACCGAGACUGCGCCUACGGACACGACCCCAUCUGCGAAGGGUGCUGCCAACAAUCGACGCAAGUCAGGAGCUGGCGUGCCUGAGCACAAAAAGAAGACGCCAAACAAGAAGAAGUCCGCCCCAGAGCUCCGUCUCAACGUAUCGCCAGGCGAGAUGUAUCUUGUCUCCAUGAGAGGCUUCCCGCCGUGGCCUGUCAUCAUCGCAGAUGAUGAUAUGCUGCCCGAGAACUUGCUCAUCAAGCGGCCCGUUAGCGCUAGACGUAUCGACGGCACUUAUCGGGAAGAUUUUGCAGACGGUGGCAAGCAUGUGAAGGAUCGCCGUUAUCCCGUCAUGUUCCUGGGCACCAAUGAAUUCUCCUGGGAAGUCAACACGGCCCUGCAGCCAUUGGAUAUUGAGGCUAUCAAAGCUGAAGUCGCGGCUGGGAACACUGGCAAGAAGAAGAAAAUAAAGGCACUUUGGGAAGCCUACGUCAUUGCUUCCGAAGAGCACGACCUUCAAUAUUUCAAGGACCUGUUGGAUCGCCAUGAAAAGGCUAUGCAGGUUGAUGCCGAGGAGAAGGCGGCUGCAGAGGCCAAGAAGCUGGAGGCCAAGGAAAAGAAGAAGACCAAGCGCAAGAGCACGGCUGCUGCGGCUGACGAGGACGUUACAAUGGAAGACGCUGGUGCCGAGACUCCUGCUGCGAAGCCCAAGGGAAAGAAGCGGAAGAAGGAAGAUGACGGAGAGGAUGAGUCUGAGAAGCCAGCGAAGACGCCUAAGACUAAGCUGAAGCUUACGAACACCCCUAAAGAACCGUCGACUGCUGAAGCGAAGCCUAAGAAGGCGAAGAAGGCGAAGGCAAAGGUUGAAAGCGAGAGUGAGUCCUCAAAGGUUGAGGAGAAGCCAAUGACGGAAGAAGAGCGUCGGGAGAAGCAGGAGAAGUCUGUGCUGUAUCUCCGCCACAGGCUCCAGAAGGGCUUCAUUUCCCGCGAUCAUCCGCCCAAGGAGGAAGAGAUGCCUAACAUGUCCGAGUACCUCAAGCAGCUGGAUGAUUUCCAGAAUCUGGAAGCCGAAAUCAUCAAGAAGACCAAGGUGCACAAGGUUCUGAAAGCCAUCCUCAAACUCGACUCGAUCCCGAUGGAGGAGGUCUACAACUUCAAAAAGCGCUCGGCCGAUAUUCUGCAGAAGUGGAGUGGUGCAUUGCAGUCGGCCGACGUUGCUGCCCCAUCGGCAUCCGCUCCCGCACCUGCCACGAACGGCGACAAGGCGGAAGCAAAGUCCGAGCCCGCUGCGGUUGAUGACAAGGCCGAGAAGGUCACUAAUGGUGACGAGGCCGCAAAGGGAACGGACGGGGAUGGCGAUGUCUCCAUGGCGGAUGCAAAAACCGAGUCCCCUGCAGUCGAGGGACCCGCUGCUGAUGUGGAGAAACAGAAAGAGACGGCUGAAGUGGCUGCGUCAUAG